CACAUGAGUCGUAUUUUACUACAGCAAAUGGUGUUGUAACAAAUCAUAUUUUAGACGAUGGCUACCUCGUUUGAAAAUUGUUGUAUUUGUAAUUUGCGACAUAUUCCGAAGCUUUCUGUUGUUUGGUGCUCUGAUUGUAACGAAGGAUUGUGCCACGAAUGCAGAGAACAUCAUAGCUUAUCUAAGGCCUCACGAAACCACUCUGUUUUUCCUAUUGGUAAAUAUGAAACGUUGCCAGCUUUUAUUGAAAACAUAAAACUGCACUGCCAUGAGCACGAGGAGAAAUAUUUAUUGUUUUGUAAAGAGCAUAACGAAUGUGCUUGUAGAAAAUGUGUCAUUUCAGAAAAGCACAGAAAAUGCAAAGAAAUAUCCCCCCUUGAAGACGUCGUUGAAAAUGUUAAAACAUCUGUAGCUUUUACAGAAAUCAUGUCCUCACUUCAGGAAAUGAAGGGUAACGUUGCGCUUAUUCUGGAAGACAGACGAAUGAAUAUGUAUUCAAUAUCAGCUUCAGUAGAAAGAAUCGAAUCCGAGAUUUCUGUGACUCGACAGCAGUUAAAUAACCAUCUUGAUAAAUUACAAGAUCAUUUUGUUGCUGAACUGACCAAAGCUGUGGAAAAUUCAACUAAACAUAUUCAGAGCUUCAUUCUGGCCUUGACUAAAAAGCAAAGGGAUAUCGAGGAAUGGAUAGAAGAUGUAGAAAGCAUCAAGAAAAAUGCAACAGAUAAGCAAACAUUUUUAGGGAUGACGAAUUUAGAAACCAAAUUAAAUAAAACAAGUAACGACUUGCAGUCUUGGAUUGACGGUAACUAUUUGUCUCAAACCAUAGUUUCUUUCCACUUGAACACUUUAUUACAUGAUAUAAUCAACGAAAGAACUAAGUUUGGAAAUUUUUUCGUGCAUACCAUGCCUAGUAAAUUAGCAUUAAAAAGACGAGUGUUUGGUCAGGCUCAAAUGAUAAAAGUGAAUGCAAAAUCUAAAAGUUCUUUAAAGCAUAUGACACUGAUAUUAAAAACAAAAGUGAAAACUAAUGCCUUCAAUGUGUCAGGCUGUUGUAUUUUGCCAAAUGGAAACUUGGUAGUGUCAAAUUAUGACCCUUCGUAUUUGAUAUUGAUUGCAGCUGAUGGAAAAACAGAGAAUAAAAUUAUCAGCAGCAUGCAAACAAUCAUUGAUAUAACAUGUGUUGACAAUGACACUGUUGCCGUAAUAUCAUAUACACAGAAAAAUAUUGAACUAAUCAGCCUGAAAUCUGGGAAAACAAUCAAGACUAUCAGUACGUCUGCACCUGCUCUUUGCUUAACUUACACUGAAGGGACCUUUAUAGUAUGCCUCGAGAACGGACAAAUGAAAGAGGUCCGGUUAGAGGAUAACAAGACAACUGAUAUUAGCAGUACGGUGGUGUCAAGAAGUAUUACCGAAUUAAACAACACGCUUUAUUCUGUAAAGAUAGAUACUAAUACGAUUGUGUGUCAUAAAAGAAACGGGGACGUACUGUGGACAUUUACAGACGAAGAGGUUCUAAAGAAACCAAGAGGCAUCACAGUAGAUAUACAUGGAAAUGCUAUCAUCGCCGGGGUCGAAUCAAACAACGUUAUUGUGAUAUCCUCUGAUGGCACAAAGCACAAAAUACUCCUGUCGAAAAUCGACUUAUGUGGUUCUCCUUGGGCAGUUUCCUUCAACAGCAAAUUCAAAUAUUUGCUUGUUAUUAACGACAAAGAUGGUCGAGCAUUUCUGUACAGCGUUAACUAUUCAUAAACUUAACCCUUGCCUUGUUUUGUUUUAAUGAAUUGAAAAAGAAAGUAUGUUUUAUGUUAUAUUGUUGGUAUAACAUUCCAAUUGAACAAAAAUUGCCACCAUUCAGAGGUUAAAUAUUUUAUUAUUUGUGCUACAU